AUGGAAACUCAAAUAUCUUAUCGAUUGAUUUUUUUAUUAGUAAAUAGAAAUCCUAUAUAUAUACACAUAAUAAGAACAAAUGUGUUUCAUGAUCUCAACAAAAUAUUGUCAUGCGUCAAGCUCAUAAAGCUUGACAGCAUCCAUUCCUAUGGCCAAUAUAACUUUGCCACAACGCAAUUGUAUGGACUGGUUGACUGGUCAGAAUGGAUAGCUUCUAGAGCGAAGGUUAACAUGCAUCAGAUCGAAGAAGGCAACACAUUGGCAUCAUCAACUGUGGUGAAAGGUAUGCUACCGCGAACCAGUCAACCGAUAUAUGACCCCAUCAAAGGAAUUUACAUUUGCAACUGUAAUAUCUGCUAUCAAUAA